AUGUACGAUAGGGGAGCUUCGUUCGAGAUAGAGGAGGCCGCGGCGGAUGACAGGCGGCCAGCGCUGCUCCGGCCGGUGGAGCAUAAGACGACGACGAAGAAGCGUAAUACUAUCUUUCUCUGGAUGAUCGGCGCCAUUUUGGUCGCCGGCUUAGCCACCGCAUUGAUCAGCUCAAUGGUAAAGAAUCUGCCGCGCCACCGCCACCGCCACCAACCUCCCCUCCCGCCGGAUAAUUACACGCUGGCUUUGAACAAGGCACUCAACGCCCAGCGCUCUGGAAGAUUACCGGAGGAUGACAACGUGUCAUGGCGAGGAGACUCGUGCCUGAAAGAUGGUUCGAGUUUGUCGGAAGAUCUGUCCGGCGGCUAUUACGAUGCCGGGGAUGCAAUCAAGUUCAACUUCCCUCAAUCAUUCGCCAUGACUUUGCUUAGUUGGACUGUGGUUGAGUACAGUGCGAAAUACGAGGCUGCUGGAGAACUCAACCACGUCAAGGAAACCAUUAAAUGGGGAACUGAUUACUUGCUCAAGACCUUUAACAAUUCAGCUGAUACUAUCGACCGAGUCGUAACUCAGGUGGGAAGAGGGGGCUUCCCAAGUGGUACCGAUCCCAACGACCACUCGUGUUGGAUGCGACCUGAAGAUAUUGAUUACGAGAGACCUGUGACGGAAUGUAACAGGUGCUCUGAUCUAGCAGCGGAGAUGGCUGCAGCUCUAGCAUCUGCUUCGAUUGUGUUCAAGGACAGUGUUACGUAUUCGCAUCAGCUGAUCCGUGGUGUAGAGACGGUAUUUCAGUUUUCGAGGGAGCGACGCGGUCUUUACAGCAUUGAGAAUCAGGCAGCCAAUUUUUAUAACUCCACAAGCUAUUGGGACGAGUUCGUGUGGGGUGCCACAUGGCUUUACUACGCUACGGGGAACAUCUCGUACCUCGAGCUAGCGAACGCCCCGGCUCUCGCCACACGUGCCGGGGCCUUUGAGAGGCGCCUGUGCGACAGAGUUUUUAGCUGGGAUAACAAGCUCCCAGGAGCUCAAGUGCUUUUGACUUGUCUACGGAUAUUUUUUAGCCCAGGAUAUCCGUACGAGGAGAUUCUGAACGAAUUUCACAAGCAGGUGGAGUUGAGCAUGUGCUCAUUCCUACCAAACCACACCUCGUUCAAUCGAACACGAGGUGGGAUGAUUGAUUUGAGCCAAGGACAACCUCGAAAUCUGCAAUACGUGCUCAAUGCUGCAUUUCUCGCCCAUUACUUGAGCGCUUCUGACACAGGUGGCUGGUACUGCGGCCCGGAUUUCUACACCCGGGACGCUCUUCGCCAAUUCGCCGAGAAGCAGAUCGGCUAUAUACUCGGCGCAAACCCGAGAAAUAUGGUGGGCUUCGGGGAUCAUUACCCGAAGCACGUCCACCACAGAGGGCCUUCAAUCCCCAACGACAAUAUCAAGUACAGCUGCAAGGGCGGUUGGAGGUGGCGAAACUCAAAGAAGUCGAACCCGAAUACGAUCGUGGGGGCGAUGGUUGCUGGCCCCUACAAGCACGAUGGCUUUGAGGACUUACGAGAAAAUUACAAUUAUACAGAGCCCGCGAUAACCGGGAAUGCGGGCCUGGUGGCUGCCCCCCUAGUUGCUCUUUCCGGCAAAGAAAGCUCCGGGAUCGACCGGAAUACCGUGUUUUCAGCUGUGUCGCCGAUGUAUCCGGCCGAGCCUCCUCCACCGGCUCCUUGGAAUAUCCGGUUUUUUUGUCCAAAAAUGCACAUUUUGGGGUUCGAACUCGGGGCAGUGGGGAAGAAUGUCACUGAGCCAACCAACAUAUUUGAUAAAAAAUAG